AGUGACUCUUAACUUCUACAUAAGAUUGAGAGAGAGAGAGAGAGAGAGAGAGAGAGAUGGACUACUUGAAGUGGCGGCUUCUACCGCUGUUGCCACUGCUUGCUUCUCUCGUACUCUUUCAGAUUUGGAGCUCUCUGAAGCCAUCCCAAAAUGAGUGCAGCCUUCUCAACCAUAAACACUUUUGGAUAGCGAGCAAGCGCAUUGUAACACCAAAGGGGGUGAUAUCUGGUGCAGUUGAAGUCAAGGGAGGGAACAUCGUAUCUGUGCUCGGAGAGGAUUGGCAAGGGAAUGCCAGGACCAAGCACGUGAUUGAUUAUGGAGAGGCAGUUGUCAUGCCUGGUUUGGUUGACGUGCAUACGCAUCUUGAUGACCCUGGGAGAGCAGAAUGGGAAGGAUUUCCUUCAGGGACUAGAGCUGCUGCUGCUGGUGGGUUGACGACAUUGAUUGACAUGCCUCUUAAUAGUUUUCCAUCUACAGUUUCUAAAGAAACUUUUGACCUCAAGAUCAAGGCUGCAGAAAAGAGGAUCUAUGUUGAUGUUGGUUUCUGGGGAGGUCUGGUUCCAGAGAAUGCAUUCAACAGAAGUGCUCUGGAGGGUCUACUAGAGGCUGGUGUUCUAGGUUUGAAGUCCUUUAUGUGCCCUUCAGGGAUUAAUGACUUUCCUAUGACAACUGCCAGCCACAUUAAGGAAGGAUUGUCUGUACUGGCAAAGUAUAGAAGACCUUUAUUUGUACAUGCAGAGAUUCAACAAGAAGAAGGUUACUUGGAUAUGAAAGAUAAUGCAGAUGAUGCUCAGUCCUAUUCAACAUAUCUCAAGACUAGGCCUGCUUCUUGGGAAGAAGCAGCCAUUAGAGAGCUCUUAGCAGUAACCAAUGGCACAAGGAGUGGUGGUCCUGCUGAAGGUGCUCAUCUUCACAUUGCUCAUUUGUCUGACGCAAGAUCUUCCUUGGAUCUUAUAAAGGAAGCAAAACGCAGUGGCGAUAGCCUAACUGUUGAAACUUGCCCCCAUUAUUUAGCCUUUUCAGCCGAGCAGAUUCAAGAUGGAGAUACCCGUUUCAAGUGUGCCCCACCCAUCAGGGAUGCUGCCAACAGAGAAAAACUGUGGGAGGCUUUGAUGGAUGGACAUAUUGACAUUCUAAGCUCUGAUCAUUCACCUACAGUGCCAGAACUCAAACUCCUCAAUGAUGGUAACUUCUUGAAGUCAUGGGGUGGCAUAUCUUCUUUGCAGUUUGUUCUUCCUGUAACAUGGUCUUAUGGGCGCAAAUAUGGAAUUACCUUGGAGCAGCUAGCUUCAUGGUGGAGUGAGAAACCUGCCAAACUUGCUGGCCUGGAUUCGAAGGGGGCUAUUGCAAUUGGAAACCACGCAGAUAUUGUUGUUUGGGAACCAGAAGUGGAGUUUGACCUCAAUGAUGGUCAUCCUGUAUAUAUGAAGCAUCCGAGUAUUUCGGCCUACAUGGGAUCAAGACUUUCUGGAAAAGUUUUGGCAACCUUUGUGAGGGGUAACCUUGUGUACAAUGAGGGGAAGCAUGCUCCUGCUGCCUGUGGUGUUCCAAUCCUUGCAAGAUAAAGAGAUGAAAUUGCAGGCUGUUUGAAGGCAUUUGAGGUUGCAGUCUAAUUGAUCUUCUCUUGAUCGGUUGUAUAUUGGGAUUCAUUUGUGGGGAAGUCAUGUACAGAGCUAACAGUAACCUACAAAAUAUGAGCAAAAUAAAGAAAAUUGCAGCCUUGGAAUACAA